AUGUCGAACCUCAACUCCUGGGAAGACGACCCUUCCGCUCAGGAUGAGAAUCUCUCUCGCAGAGCUCAGCAACAGCUCAAUGUGAACCCCGGCCAAGGUCAGAACCAGGGAGGAUUUCGCCCAAACGUAGCGUCCUUCCAGCCUACCGCCCAGUCGUUCCAGCCCGGUCAAGCAUUUGGUGGAGGAUUUCCCAACCAAUACCAGCAGCAACAACAACAGCAGUACUAUCAGCAGGGCUACUACCCCCAAUAUGGUGGCCAGCAGCAAGGAUUCAAUCAGUAUAAUCAGGGAUAUGGCGGUAAUUUCAGCCAAGGUUAUAAUCAAGGUUACGGCGGAGGAUAUCCUCAAUACGGCCAGCAGCAGGGCGCACAAGCUGCCGUCCCAAAGCAGCCUGCCACUCACGCACCGCCUGCUGCACCAGCUGCACCAACUGCACCGAAGGGGUUGACUAAAGAGGGCGGUCCCAAGGUUCCCAGCAUUGGAGGCGACUCAUCUGCAUCCAAGCCCAAGGCCAAGGUCCUUUCGAUUGGACCAACAUCCGCCUCCAAGGACGAACCCAAAGAUGAGGUCAAAUCCGAGUCUAAACCCCAACCAACGAACACACCAGAGGCCGGUCAAAAGGCUUCUGCCGCCAAAGCCAUUGAGAAGACCGGGGAGAAGGCCGGUAAGGCUGGGGGAUCCGCCAAAUCCUCUGGCAGAACGUCUCCGACGCCUUCCUCUGGAAGAUCGAGCCCUUCCGGACCUGGUGAGAAGAAGUCACAGCGAGAAAUCGACGCCGUCACAAAAGAGCAAGCCGCCGAUGUUGAUGACGAAACCCUCAAGGAGGUUUAUGGGAAAGAGCACGUCAAUAUUAUUUUUAUUGGCCACGUCGAUGCCGGCAAAUCUACGCUGGGCGGCUCUAUUCUCUGGACAACUGGCAUGGUAGAUGAGAGAACCAUGGAUAAAUACAAGAGAGAGGCGAAAGAUCUUGGCAGAGAGUCUUGGUACCUGUCGUGGGUAAUGGACUUGACCAAGGAAGAACGUACCAAGGGCAAGACUGUGGAAGUUGGGCGUGGUUUCUUCGAAACCGAGAAGCGCAGAUACAGUAUUCUGGAUGCACCUGGUCACAAAACCUACGUUCCCAACAUGAUUGGGGGAGCGUCUCAGGCUGAUGUCGGCAUUUUGGUGAUCUCGGCCCGCAAGGGAGAAUAUGAGACUGGUUUUGAACGUGGAGGCCAGACUCGCGAGCACGCAAUGCUUGCCAAGACCCAGGGUGUCAACAAGCUGAUUGUCGUCAUCAACAAAAUGGACGAUCCUACGGUGGAGUGGUCUCAGGACCGUUUUAACGAAUGCUCAACCAAACUCUCCCAGUUUCUUAAAGGGACGGGCUACAACCUGAAGACGGAUGUGUUUUUCAUGCCAGUCGCCGCCCAGUCGUCACUGAACAUCAAAGACCGACUUCCCAAAGAAAUCGCACCCUGGUGGGACGGUCCUUCUCUGCUGGAGUAUCUUGACGGCAUGAAGGCCCUUGAAAGGAAGCUCAACGCGCCGUUCAUGAUGCCCGUAAAUGCCAAGUACCGCGAUAUGGGCACCAUGUGCGACGGCAAAAUUGAGGCUGGUGUCGUCAAGAAGGGCAUGACCUUGGUGAUGAUGCCUCGCAAACAGAACGUGGAGGUGUCAGCACUCUAUGGCGAGCAAGAAGAUGAGGUGCCUAUUCUGCAGUGUGGCGACCAGGUCCGCAUGCGCCUGAAGGGGGUGGAGGAGGAGGAUGUUCUGCCCGGAUUCGUCUUGUGUUCUCCCAAGAGGCUGGUUCAUUGCGUGGCCGAAUUUGAGGCGCAGAUUCGUAUUCUCGACCUGAAGAAUAUCCUGACGUCUGGCUUCAACUGUGUCUUGCACGUCCAUUCUGCUAUCGAAGAAGUCACCUUUGCUGCAUUGCUACACAAGUUGCAGAAAGGAACCAACAGGAAGAGCAAGAAUCCACCGACCCACGCUAAGAAGGGAGAUAGUAUUAUCGCACGGAUGCAAGUGAUUGGCGGUGCCGGCUCCGUCUGUGUUGAGAAGUUUGAGGACUAUCCCCAGAUGGGUCGUUUUACUCUUCGUGACCAGGGUCAAACGAUUGCCAUUGGCAAAAUUACCAAGCUCAUAACGGAAGAGACGGAAUGA